AUACAAGUUAACAUUGUGUACAUCAUAAAUUGUUUAAAAGCAGCAACCAAACUUACUGAGCUUUAGAUGUUCAAUUAUCUACAGAGUACAAAAUACCGCCCUUUUUAAGUUGUGACUGUUAUAAUGUGGCUUGCGUGGGUAUUCCGGACAUGGGUGUUUUCUUGUGUUUUUCAAAAUGGGCAGACGGCCGCCUGUAAUGGAAUGGGUGCGAAUAGUAUAUUAUACAAUGACGUCAACAAUGGGAAUGUCUGCUUUUGGGUGAGUACCGUCAAGGGUAAUCUUACCAAAGGGCAGACAGAGUGCCUGAACCAAGGAGGGUAUCUAGCCAUUCUAACCGACGCCCCAAUGGAAAACGCUGUUCACAAUUUUCUGGAUUCAGUGGGCCGACGUUCGAGCACUGUUUACAUUGGGUAUGAUGUGGACACCACCUCCAGCUACCGACUAACAACUCUCUCAGGACAAGAACAAACAUAUGAAAAUUUCUAUGUCAAAACCAUCAACGAUGCGAAGUGGCGCUGUGUAUCUGUGUAUUUCAGCAGCUGGUUUCCAGAGAAAUGUGACAACUCGUAUUAUUUUCUGUGCAGCACUAUUCCAAAUCUAGCUUCAUCUGAAUCCACCACAACUGAAUCUCAGCCUACCACUGAAUCCACUUCAGCUACCACUGAAUCCACUUCAGCCAUCACUGAAUCCACUUUAGCUACCACUGAAUCCACUUCACCUACCACUGAACCCACUUCACCUACCACUGAAUCCACUUCACCUACCACUGAAUCCACUUCAGCCACAACAACCGCCUCCUCACCAAAUAAUUGUACCUGUCCUCCCGGAUGUAUUGUAAAAUAUAACUCCACCAUUUACUCCAUGGAGGAGUUGAACGCUGAAAUCGCAGAAAUCAAGAAAGAACUCGAGGUGGAGAAAACCACACUGUCUUCCACUAUCCGUAAAAAAACAUCAGCAGACGACCCUCGGCCAUCUGCCAAAACAUUCGGUUACUUCGGAAUAAUAAUCAUUGUCUUCGUCAUAGGAGGGAUUGUUGCUUUGGAUUUUCCUACACUUGUCAUUGAACUCAAGACAGCAGCAGAAAAUUUGUUAAAAUUAUUGAAGUAACAAUCGGCUCGUUCUCUGACAUUAAGAUAUCAUUGUAUUGUUUCCGUCGAAUUUGAUUUUAUGAAAAA